CUGUCACAUACGCUAUUGUGGCACAGAUAUAAACAUGAGUCCUCUAUAUAGCUCUAUGAGCUAGCCUAACAGGAGCCAGCUGUGUCAGAUGAAUAGAAAGAAAUAGGGUGUCAUUUGUUCAGAGACUUACACUGACAUUACAAUUAUUGAAUUGUCAUCGAAAUAUUUGAAUAAUGGAUUUAAACAUUAUCUUGUUGCAGCUUCAAACUGACAAUGAAGAGGACAUUGAAAGGCUUUUGCACCAGUACAACGGAGAGAAUAAUCUCACAUUCACCUUUGACCCAAAAGGGGAGGAUCUACGAAGUAGGCUGUGUCAGGGCCUACUGACUGUGCUGGGGAGGCAGGUUGGGCCCCGUUGUCAGUGUACCUGCCUGGAGACCCUCCGCAUUCUGUCCCGAGACAAGCGGGUCCUGGGCCCUGUGGGAACCCGGGAGGGCAUGUUGGUCCUGGCCGGGCUGGCCCGGUUGCGGGGGGGAGCGGAAGGGGGUGACAGCCUGCAGAGGGAGGUCCAGAUAGAGGAGAAAGAGAGGGUAGUGGUGGAGGCCCUCAAGUGCCUGUGUAACGUGGUGUUCAACAGCACAGCAGCGCAGCAGGUGGGUGCCGACGUGCAGCUUGCACGGGCUCUGUGUGCCCGCCUGCAUGCCGCCCGCACUGGGCGCCACGAGGUGGGCCUGUUCUCUCUGCGCCUGCUCUUCCUGCUCUCGGCGCUGCGACCAGACGUCCGGGGAGCACUCCGAAGGGAGCUGUGUGCCGUGGGGCUCCUCAAAGAGGUGCUGGAGUGUACCCUGGAUGUACGCUGGGUGGGCCCCUACGAGGUGGCCCCUCUAAACCCCCAGGCCCUGCCCAUCCCUGCUGAAGACAAUGAGAGGGCCAUGGAGGCCCUGAAAGCCCUGUUCAACCUCACGCUGUCUGACACUAGCGACGAGGAUGGUGACCACCAGCUCCGCCUCAUCACCGCCAUCAUGCGCCAUCUAUUGAUGCUAAAGACUCAGGCAGAGGACAAAACAGAGGAAGCACACAGCCACGCAAUCAAUUUGCUUAGUAACCUGCCUGUGUCUUGUCUGGAUGUGCUGAUUGAUGUGCCCGUCCAGGGGGGCCAGGAGGAGUACAGCGGGAAGAACAUGGACGUUGUGCAGGUGCUACUGGACUUCAUGGAGAAGAGGAUAGACAAGCAGAGCGCCAACUACAAAGAGGGACUGACACCAGUUCUCAGCCUGCUGACCGAGGGCUCCAGGUACCACAGGGAGAUCCGCAGAUACAUCAAGACACAGGUGCUGCCCCCUCUGAAGGAGGUCAAGGUCCGACCGGAGAUCGGGUCCACCAUCAGGAACAAACUGGUGCGUCUCAUGACCCACGUGGACAUGGGUGUGAAGCAGAGCGCAGCAGAGUUCCUUUUUGUCCUCUGCAAAGAGAACGUGGACAACCUGUUGAAGUACACAGGGUAUGGUAAUGCAGCAGGACUCCUGGUGGCUCGAGGCCUGCUGGCAGGGGGGCGAGGAGAGACAAAGUAUUCAGAUGACGAAGACUCUGACACUGAAGAGUACAAAUCGGCUAAACCUUUCAUCAACCCCAUCACGGGCCACGUGGAGGAACCCAUGCCUAACCCCAUAGAAGAGAUGACUGAGGAGCAGAUAGAGUACGAGGCCCAGGAACUAGUCAACAUGUUCGACAAGUUGUCAAGGCAGCAGCUGAUUAGGCCCAUGGGGGUGAGGCGGGAUGGCUCACUGGCGCCCCUAGAGGAGGCUCUGAGACAGCCCACAACUGACAGCUGCAGCUCAGACUCAGACUAGAGCCACUACCACCCCAGACCCCAUAUACCUAUAAUAGGCUGUGUCCAACACAGUUCCCAUUUCCUCACACCCCUGUCUGUCUUCUUCUGUCUGUCAGACUGAAGGGGCCUUGCCCCGGCCUUUCCCCAUAGGCUGUUCUGUUCUCUAAAGCUGACGUAUGCCUGACUUGAUACGACACAGGAAAGGACAUGAUUAAGGUCGAGCACAUGUUCCGACCACACCAUUGUUACUACUUAAAUGUAUUUUUAUUUGAUGUACCAUUUCUCUGCUCAGUGUUCUCAAAUUUGAUAGAAUGGAAGAUUAGCUCUUAAUCAAAUUGUACUGUAAACGGUAUAGAUGUGAAUCACUGAAAGCAUGGUAGCCGGGGUGGGGUUUGACCAAAUUUGACUUGGAUAAGAAAUCAUUCCUUAGAUAUAAUUAUGUAGAUUUUGUUCUUUAUAUGUUUAAAGUGUCAAUAUUUAUAAGGAUGAGAAGUCUUUUUUGUUGUAACAUCUAGUGCUACGAUGAUCAGAGCAGUAGCCACUGGUUUUACAGUACCAGUCAAAGGUUCUUUAUUAUUUUCUACAGUGUAGAAUAAUAGAUAUCAAAACUAUGAAAUAACACAUGGAAUCAUGUAGUAACCAAAAUUGUUAACCAAAUCUAAAUGUAUUUGAGAUUCUUCAAAGUAGCCACCCUUUGCCUUGAUGACAGCUUUACACACUCUUGGCAUUCUCUCAACCAGCUUCACCUGGAAUGCUUUUCCAACAGUCUUGAAAAAGUUCCCACAUGGCUACUUUUCCUUCACUCUACGGUCCAACCAUCUCAAUUGGGUUGAGGUCGGGUGAUUGUGGAGGCCAGGUCAUCAGAUGCAGCACUCCAUCACUUUCCUUCUGGGUCAACUAGCCCUUACACUUCCAGGCUGUGUGUUUUGGGUCAUUGUCCCGUUGAAAAACAAAUGAUAGUCCCACCAAGCGCAAACCAGAUGGGAUGGCAAAUUGCUGCAGAAUGCUGUGGUAGCCAUGCUGGUUAAGUGUGCCUUGAAUUCUAAAUAAAUCACAACGGUGUCACCAGCAAAGCCCCCCCCCCCACACACACUAUCGUGCCUUUUCAUCCAUGCUUCACGGUGGGAACCACACAUGCAGAGAAAAUCCAUUCACCUUAUCUGCAUCGCAUAAAGACAUGGUGGUAGGAACCAAAAAUCUCAAAUUUGUACUCAAAAGAUUUCCACCGGUCUAAUCUCAGUUGCUCAUGUUUCUUGGCCCAAGCAAGUCUCUUUUUCUUAUUGGUGUCCUUUAGUAGUGGUUUCUUUGCAGCAAUUUGACCAUGAAGGCCUGAUUCACGCAGUCUCCUCUGAACAGUUGAUGUUGAUGUGUCUGUUACUUGAACUCCUGCAAAGCAUUUAUUUGGGCUGCAAUUUCUGAGGCUGGUAACUCUAAUGAACUUAUCCUCUGCAGCAAAGGUAACUCUGGGUCUUCCUUUCCUGUGGUGCCUCAUGUGAGCCAGUUUCAUCAUAGCGCUUGAUGUUUUUUGCGACUGCACUUGAAGAACUUUCAAAGUUCUUGAAAUGUUCUGCAUUGACUGACAUUGAUGUGGUAAAGUAAUGAUGGACUGUCAUUUUCUCUUUCCUUAUGAGUUUUUCUUGCCAUAAUAUGGACUUGGUCUUUUACCAAAUAGGGCUAUCUUCUGUACCCUGUCACAAUUGAUUGGCUCAAACACAUUAAGGAAAGAAAUUCCACAAAAUAACUAACAAGGCACACCUGUUAAUUGAAAUGCAUUCCGGGUGACUUUAUCAUGAAGCUGGUUUUGAGAAUGCCAAGAUUGUGCAAAGCUGUCAUAAAGGCAAAGGGUGGCUACUUUGAAGAAUCUCAAAUACACUUUUUUGGUUACUACAGGAUUCCACAUGUGUUAUUUCAUAGUUCUGAUGUUGUCACUAUUAUUCUACAAUGUAGAAAAUAGUAAAAAUUAGGAAAAAACCUUAUGAGUAGGUGUGUCCAAAUUUUUGACUGGUACUGUCCAUCGGCGUGUCUGAAGUCAAUGGAGAGAAAUAAUGAGAUGCAUGAAGUAGGGCAGUAAUUUAGCCACCAGUCUGAUGUGUAUGCUUCUGAAACAGUCCAGGCAAAUGAAUUAUUUAUUAUUAUUUUAUAUUAGUGGACAUAUCACAGCUGUAUACAGUUUAUUUUAAACCUGAACUUUGUUGCAAUUUCUUCAAGUGUGUAAUUUACUUUAUAAGCACACUCAAGACCCAAGGAAUAGUCAAAGCUAAAGGGAAAAACCGCAACAUAUUCCAAUUUCCUAUGGUGGCCGAUUUGGUAUUUGGAUGGUUUCUACCUUACCCAUUGGACUCUUGACAUUCAGAAAUGUGUGUUAUAAUUACUGUUUCCUAAAUAUUACUUUUCAUUUGACAAAUUCUGCAUGGUGUUAAAAUGAUAAAAUCUUACAGAUUUAA